AAAAAAUAUAUAUAACGGGAAAACAUAUUUUGCGAAGCAUCUCUUGCAGUUAGCCUCGUCGCGUCUCACCUAUGAAUUUCCUAAGCAGGGUACCAGUGUCUACUGUGCUCGAAGCGCUUCAAGGCGAAGAACCUGUUUGACGGCCACAUGAUAGCCCAUAGUGACGCGCGACCACAUCAAUGCGACAUUUGCCUGAAAUCAUUCAAACGCACCAAUACUUUGUCCGUCCACCGGCGAAUCCACACGCGCGAGCGCAACUUCGUAUGCGACGUUUGCGGCCGGGCCUUCGUCCAAGCCUCCCAGCUCACAAAUCAUCAGCGUCGGCACUUCGAUCGCUACACGCGCCACUGUAUCCUCUGCAACAAGGGCUUCUUCACCAAUGCGGAAUUACAUAGCCACAUGAACAGCAAGCACGGCGCUAAGGAGCACGUAUGCGACGUCUGCGGGAAAUCUCUGCCUAACGGCCACACGCUGGCAAGGCACGCGAGGAGUCACGAUCCGGACUUCGAGCCGAUCAAGCACCAGUGUGAAUUCUGCGGCAAGACCUUCGCCUACAGGAAUUCUCUGGUUGCUCACGUUAAGUCACAUACCGGCGAGAACAAAUACGAUUGCCACCUGUGCGGCAAAUCCGUGUCGUCGAAGGGAUCGCUACAGGAUCACCUGAGACUUCACGGCGGCGAGAAGAGCCUUACGUGCGACGUUUGCGGCAAGGCCUUUCACAAAAGGACGACCCUCGUUGUUCAUAAGAGGACCCAUACUGGGGAAAAGCCCUAUAUUUGCGAGACUUGCGGCAAGGCUUUUACUCAACACUCAACUUUGGUGAUACAUAGGCGAUACCAUACUGGCCAGCGACCUUAUCAAUGCAGCAUUUGUAACAAAUCUUUUGUGUCUAAGGCUUUAUUAAAUGGUCAUAGCAAGAUUCAUGCGAGCUUUACGGCUUAAUGCUUUUCUAAUUAAGAGAAAUUUGUUGAUCGAUAUAGUUUGAUGUGUUGUUACUUUCGGGCACCAGUGUCGAAACGUGUGAUAGAACCGUUAUAUUGAAGCUAUUAAAUUUGUAAAACUGUUUUACAUUCGAAUUUGGGUGGAUUAUUAGA